GUUCUUAUCGCCGGUAUAUUUUUUAGGCUACGUGUCUUACUAGUAUUUAUCUGCGUUAUAAUAAUUUAAUUUAAGUACGCAGCUGGAGCUGCAACUUAUAUUAAAAAUGAACCGCAGCGCAAAAAUUGUAAAUAGUAAAGUUGCUGGAUACAGCAGCCUUAUUACAUUUUCGGUUUUGCUAAUUGCAUGGAUAGCAGGAUUUUCAUCUCGCUUGUUUGCUGUCAUACGAUUCGAGUCGAUAAUACACGAAUUUGAUCCAUGGUUUAACUACAGAGCAACUGCCUACAUGGUGGAACACGGCUGGCACAAGUUUCUCAACUGGUUUGACGAGCGAGCAUGGUAUCCUUUAGGGCGAAUUGUUGGGGGAACCGUAUAUCCAGGAUUGAUGAUAACUUCCGGCAGCAUACAUUAUCUGUUGCACAUGCUCAACAUUCCAGUGCAUAUACGGGACAUUUGUGUGUUCUUAGCUCCAGUUUUUAGCGGACUCACCUCAAUUUCAACGUACCUGCUUACCAAGGAACUUUGGUCACCCGGCGCAGGCUUAUUUGCUGCCAGUUUUAUAGCGAUUGUGCCCGGCUAUAUCAGUCGUUCAGUAGCAGGAUCGUACGAUAAUGAAGGAAUCGCCAUUUUCGCAUUACAGUUUACCUACUUUUUGUGGGUGCGAUCUGUUAAAACUGGCUCCGUAUUCUGGUCAGCAGCUGCUGCUCUUUCCUACUUUUACAUGGUCUCUGCCUGGGGCGGCUAUGUAUUUAUAAUAAAUCUGAUACCGUUGCAUGUAUUCGUCCUGCUCCUAAUGGGACGCUACUCACCACGACUACUUACCAGCUACUCUACGUUCUACAUACUGGGACUGCUUUUCUCAAUGCAAAUACCAUUUGUUGGAUUCCAGCCAAUACGCACAAGCGAGCACAUGGCAGCAAUGGGCGUCUUUGUUCUGCUUCUAGCGGUCGCAACCCUGCGUCACUUGCAAUCAGUAUUGUCCAAGAACGAAUUUAAGAAGUUGUUUCUUGUAGGCGGACUGCUGGCAGCUGUGAUAGUAUUUAUUGCCGUCGUUAUUUUGACCGUUAUGGGUGUGGUAGCACCAUGGAGUGGACGCUUUUACUCGCUCUGGGAUACUGGAUAUGCUAAGAUACACAUACCAAUUAUUGCAUCAGUUUCGGAGCAUCAGCCCACAACUUGGUUCUCAUUUUUCUUCGACUUGCACAUCCUUGUGUGCGCAUUCCCAGUGGGUCUGUGGUAUUGCAUUAAACAAGUGAACGAUGAGAGAGUGUUUGUGGUACUAUAUGCUAUAAGUGCCGUCUACUUUGCCGGAGUAAUGGUUCGUUUGAUGUUGACACUCACGCCAGUCGUUUGUAUGCUGGCUGGUGUUGCAUUUUCUGGACUGUUGGACGUUUUUCUUCAAGAGGAUUCAUCUAAACGCAUUCAAGGCUCAACAAACUCAACUUUAGAUGCUGAUGAUCACGAGGAAUCCCUUGAGAAAAAGAGUCUCUAUGACAAAGCCGGGAAAUUAAAACAUCGCACAAAACAUGAUGCAACCCAUGAAGGAGGCAUUAGUUCCAAUUUGAAAAGUAUUGUCAUCUUGGCAGUUUUAAUGAUAUUAAUGAUGUUUGCUGUGCAUUGUACAUGGGUAACUAGCAAUGCGUAUUCGAGUCCUUCAAUUGUACUUGCUUUUCACAACAGUCAGGAUGGAUCACGCAAUAUACUGGAUGACUUCAGGGAAGCCUAUUAUUGGCUUUCGCAAAACACCGCCGAUGAUGCACGCAUUAUGUCUUGGUGGGAUUAUGGCUAUCAAAUAGCUGGAAUGGCAAAUCGAACAACAUUGGUUGACAAUAAUACUUGGAAUAAUAGCCAUAUUGCAUUAGUUGGUAAAGCCAUGUCAUCAACAGAAGAGAAGUCUUAUGAAAUUAUGACGUCCCUGGAUGUGGACUAUGUUCUUGUAAUAUUCGGUGGCGUAAUUGGCUAUUCCGGAGAUGAUAUAAAUAAGUUUUUGUGGAUGGUUAGGAUCGCUGAAGGAGAACACCCAAAGGAUAUUAAAGAAAGUGACUUCUUUACGGAUCGUGGUGAAUUCAGAGUUGAUGCCGAAGGCGCACCAGCCUUACUUAACUGCCUUAUGUAUAAGCUAAGCUAUUACCGAUUUGGAGAACUGAAAUUAGACUACAGAGGACCAUCAGGCUAUGAUAGGACCAGAAAUGCAGUUAUAGGAAAUAAAGAUUUUGAUUUGACUUAUUUAGAAGAAGCGUACACCACUGAGCACUGGCUGGUUCGAAUCUACAGAGUAAAGAAGCCUUUUGAAUUCAAUAGACCGUCUUUAAAAGCAAAAGAAAGGAUUGUUCCACCUUCAAACUUUAUAUCUCGAAAAAACUUGAAACGGCGUAAGGGAUUUAUUCGAAAUCGACCAAUUGUUGUUAAAGGAAAAAGGACACUGAAAUAAAUUACUAAUGCAUUCACUGCAAUAAAACAUUGGAGAAUAAAUGUCUUGUGUUAAAGCGUAGGAAUUUUAGUUAAAUAUAAAAGGCCAGUCAGUUCCCAGAUGUAUUGACUAUACACUAAUUAACAAGCUGUGUGUGUAUCUAUUA